CACUGUGUAAUGGUCAUACUGAGCACAGCUGGUGUCACACACAGGCUGUGGGAGUAAACACAAAUACUUUACGAUUUUCGUCCAAAUUCUGCAUUUCAGCUCAACAGCCCCUGUUUUUCAAGUCGUAAGUGUUCCCCAGAGUCGCAGCCCUGCAUUCCAAAAAGGAAGACGAGUACUUCACCAUGAGCUCAGACGAUGGUGACAUGGAGAACCAGGCUGAGCUGGAAGAGAAGACAAGGCUCAUCAACCAGGUGUUGGAGCUUCAACACACUUUAGAGGACCUGUCUGCCAGAGUGGACGCUGUCAAAGAGGAGAACCUGAAACUGAAGUCUGAGAACCAGGUUCUGGGUCAGUACAUUGAGAACCUCAUGUCUGCCUCCAGUGUCUUCCAGACCACUGACACCAAGAGCAAACGAAAGUAAGGAGAACCUCUGAGAGCCUAGACCUAAAAAUCCCACUCACAUUCCAUAACCUGAACCCAAAGCAUCCUGGAAGACUGGACUCUAAUAGUCGACACCAUGGACCCUUUUAUACUGCCCGAGCCUAAAACAUGUUUCUGAGCAAAGAUGGGUGUUUGCUAUGUGCACUAAGAGGCAGUGUUGUGUUUAUCAAAUCAGGAUGUACACAGAAGAGAAAAGACGGCUGUUUAUCAGUCUUGGUAGAUCAGUCAGAAAACAAAGGGCCACAUUUUUGAUGGGCUCAACUCAACCGGCACAUGUGCACAACUGGUUUUGAAAUGCAAAAGUUGAAAAGUCCUGUGAGCUGUGGUUACACCUCAUUGCAUAUGAAUGCAAAUAAGUAUCUUUGUAGAAGCAUGCUUUGACUUUAGUCAGCUGCAACUCAGACUUCCUCUCUCAUCCCAAACAUCUCCGAUUCCAGGAACCUGAGCACUGAGCAACACCUGACCCGUCUCUUAACAGGUGGUCGUAAAUUUGCUUUUGUCCAGUCCCCAAAUUUUGUACCAGUUACAAAUGUACAGUGGGGUUGUGAGGGAACAGCAGCCAGUAGUUUUUACAAAGCUCUCCUACUUUGCUAUGAGCGUUUACAUUUGGGCUAAAUUGUGGUUGUUGAUUAAAAUUGGAUUGAUACCUAAAUCAAGUGCACAUUUAAAGCCGUUUCAUACCGAGCAUGGAUUUUUGACUGGAAAAAUUUGGAAAUUUAUAAAAGCUGAUAUUCUGGAUUCCUGUAAAUGCUUGCACACCCCCAAGGAAUAUUAGGCGCAGGAAAAAAUAUUUAGACUGACUUCGAUUUCAGCAGAUUUCCACCUGCGAAAAAUAUAUGUAACCAAUGAAAUCCUUUGUUCCAACUGUUGUCAUACCUCCAGGCCAUAGCUAGCUUGCUGCCAAAAUGGGGGAACAUCUAAUUAAUUUGGCUUCUCAACACCCAUUACCGUACAACAAAUAUUGCGACGACUACCUUUACAACCAAAUAAAGGACAGUGAAUGGCUUGCCCAGCAGCUGAAAUACAAGGAUGGUAAUGUAGCUGAUAUGCACUCGCUGACGUUACGUGUUCAUCACAGAAUGGGGCUAGGUACAACAGCUAGCAUUAGCAUAACCUUUUGGGUCUGAUUAGGGUAUGUAAUGUGUAGCUAAUGUUAGCCGUCUGGAUGGGUUAUGGCUGUGUGGAGUGGACGCUGGCACCAUUUAGGAGGAAACUCUUUGGGCCUCACUUUUGAAAAUGAAAGACUUCACUGAGGAUAAUUUACACCAGACCCAGUGUGCAAAGUUGUCAUGUGUCAAUUUCGCAUUGCAGUGGUGAGAAACGGCUUUAAAUUUGUUUAGAGGUUAUUUUGUGCGGUAAAUGGUGGCAGAGUUGACUCAGUAGUCAGAGCUGAUUAAAUAUAAACAUUCACAACAAUGGACAAAAUAUGAAUCAAACGCAUUGAGGAAAUGUACGCAGGGCUGAAAAACACAUUAUGACAUGAUGAUUGCUUUUUUUGGGACAUUUUAGAGGGUUAGACAAAAAGUCACCUCCUAGAUACCAUGCAAAUGGCGAUUUGGAGGUAAAUUUUUGUGCUGCAUUUGUUAUAACAUUUCCCAAAUCCUUUGUACCCCAUGCCGCACUCUAAUAGCCAUCUGUACACGCAACACAUAUUCCAGUGAGACAAGGCAGCUAACAGCAGUAAUAAAAGCUAACCCAGACUACACAAAGUUAGCUGUACAGGUAGUGAAAAAUGAACUGUAUCCAUUUCGCAAACUAAUUACAGACAGCAUGGGUUAAAAGCACAGAGCCCCACUCACAUGAUUAACAUUAGCAUUAAAGAGAUCUGUUAGUGAUGUGGAUAUGGGUAUUAUAGCAGUAAUGCUAUUAUUGAUCUAAAAGACUGAUAAACUUUUCAAUAUUUAGUAGACAGCAUAAACAGUAACAGUGUGUCUUACCUGUUUGUUCCUCGACAGGUCCUGUGCAAAGCUAUUCACCGCUUUAUUAAAAACAGAUUGCUAUAUGCUAAUAGCUAAUUCUGCCCCCUGAACCUACAGGGAGGUUUCCUUCUUGGGAUAUUUACGUACAUCUGUCAUGCAUUGCUUGUGCAGUUUAUGUAGUUAAUAUCAGAAAAUCAACUCUUUAUACAAGCUGUCAGUCAUUUCCCUUAGUUUUCUGUUUCCUCCAUCUCACAGAUGAUGAUAAUAUUCAUCAUCAAGGAGAAUAUGUCCACAGUCCAGAUAAUGUUGAGUUUCUCUCAAAGCCAUGCUCCCAGAUCUUACUGGCCACCAGGCACACACACACACACACACACACACAC